AAUUAACCAGUCCACAGUCGCCCCUUUCUUCCUCCCGGCGAGGAUUCGGAUUAAGUUUCGAACGGAGAAAACCGAACUUGUAUCGAUCCUUUGGAAGAAUCUGCAAGAAGGAGAGAGAAGAAGGAUAGGAGGAUGGGGGUGGACGAUGUUCCAAUGGACGACAAGGCGAAGAGAAUGAGAGAUCUGUUAUCGAGCUUCUACUCAGACCAUCCUCACUCUUCAAUUCCUACAAACGCUUCUUCCAAGUACGCCACGCUCGACACCAUCAACACCGCCAUGUUCGACGCCGACCAGUACAUGAAUCUUCUCGUGCAAAAGUCAAAUUUAGAGGGCUUGCUUCAAAGACAUGUUGAGAUGGCGGCUGAGAUUAAAAAUCUUGACACUGACUUGCAAAUGUUAGUAUAUGAAAACUAUAACAAGUUCAUUAGCGCCACAGACACGAUCAAAAGAAUGAAGACUAAUAUCGUGGGCAUGGAAUCAAACAUGGAACAACUACUUGAAAAGAUAAUGUCUGUGCAAUCUCGAAGUGAUGGGGUCAACACUUCUCUUUUUGAAAAGAGAGAACAUAUAGAGAAAUUGCAUCGGACUCGUAAUCUUCUACGUAAAGUUCAGUUCAUAUAUGAUUUACCUUCAAGACUUGGAAAGUGUAUAAAAUCAGAAGCCUAUGCUGAUGCAGUCAAAUUUUAUACUGGAGCUAUGCCGAUUUUUAAGGCAUAUGGGGAUUCCUCAUUCUUGGAUUGUAAGAGAGCAUCUGAUGAAGCCGUGGCUAUUAUUAUAAGGAACUUGCAGGGAAAGCUGUUUUCAGAUUCUGAAUCUAUACAGUCGAGAGCUGAGGCUGCAAUGCUUCUUAAGCAGUUGGAUUUCCCAGUUGACAGCUUGAAGGCAAAACUCCUUGAAAAGUUAGAACAAUUUCUUGAUGAUCUUCAACUUGAAUCUAGACAAAUAAACAAUGCUUCUGCAGAUUCCAGUGAACCUCCCAAACAAGGAAACUCUCCUUCCUCUGAUCAUGAGGCUUCGACUCGUGAAUUUAUGGAAGCUAUCCGUGCUUACCGGGUCAUAUUCCCUGAUUCAGAGCAACAGCUAAUCAAACUUGCACAAGACCUAGUUACCAAGCACUUUGAAGCCACUCAAAAACAAAAUGAAAGACAGAUUUGUUCAACAGAUCUAUUAGGAAUGCUCCGGGUGAUUUGGACUGAUGUACUAUUGAUGGAUGAAGUGUUGCCGGAGGCCGGUCUGUCUGAGUUUUCUUUAAAGGCUGCUCGUGUUAAUGUCAAACAGUUUAUUGAUUGUACUUUUUCCCGUCUUCUACUUCAAAUCUCAGAUACUCUUAGAAAAAUCCAAUGUAGACCAAACGAGGGAGAAGCAGAAUAUUCUUUGCAGUCUGUCCUGGAAGCCAGCAAGAAAGCAGUAAGUGAAGGCAGCAUGGAUGUCCUACAGGACUUCUGCCAACUUCUUGAUGACAGCCUGGGAUUGCUGGUGAAGUUGAGAGGGUUAAUUAUUGACUGGGUACAAGAAGGAUUUCAAGACUUCUUCAGAAAACUUGAUGAUCACUUCCUCUUGCUUUCUGGGAAGACUAAUUUCACUGGACAGGACCAAGGUUAUACAGAAGGAAUACAGAAGGAGAAAGCACUUUUUGGGCUUGUUCUUGUGCUGGCUCAACUUUGUUUUUUCAUUGAACAAAGUGCCAUCCCAAGAAUCACCGAGGAAAUUGCUACCUCUUUUUCUGGUAGUGGUGUUCGAGGAUAUGAAUAUGGACCUGCUUUUGUUCCUGCAGAAAUUUGUCGCAUAUAUCGGUCAGCUGGUGAAAAGUUUUUGCACCUUUACGUCAAAAUGAGAACUCAAAAAGUGUCUGUUCUCUUAAGGAAGCGGUUUACAACACCAAAUUGGGUCAAGCACAAGGAACCAAGGGAAGUUCAUAUGUUUGUUGAUUUAUUUCUUCAAGAGUUGGAUUCAAUAGGAACUGAAGUCAAGCAGAUUUUGCCUCAAGGGCUUCAUCGUAAGCAUCAUCGAACUGACAGCAAUGGAAGCACCACCUCAUCACGCAGCAAUCCAUUACGAGAUGACAAAAUGAUCCGAUUAAAUACCCAAAGGGCCAGGAGCCAGCUUCUGGAAACCCAUUUAGCAAAAUUAUUUAAGCAAAAAAUGGAAAUUUUCACAAAAAUUGAACAUACACAGGAAUCGGUGGUAACAACCAUUGUAAAACUGUGCCUUAAGAGUUUGCAAGAGUUUGUCCGACUCCAGACAUUUAACAGGAGUGGCUUCCAGCAAAUUCAGUUGGACAUUCGGUACCUGAGGACUGUUGUGAAGGACGCAGUCGAGGAUGAAGCUGUUGUCGAUUUCCUAUUUGAUGAGGUAAUUGUUGCUGCUGCUGAACGCUGUCUGGAUCCAAUUCCCUUGGAACCCCCGAUCUUGGACAAGCUUAUACAAGCAAAGUUGUCAAAGACCUCUGAAGAGAACCCGGCUUCGUCCUGACAUGUCCAAAUUCUGUGUCACAAUGAGUAAGCUGCUUUAUCUGCUCGCUCUAUUUGUGAUCCAUUUUGCCUUUUUGAUAUCGCUUACACUCAAACACAUCCCCGCCCUUAGAAUAGGAACAUCUCACUUUAUACAAUUUAUCAUCUUCUUUGGCUGAGAAAGUGUAGCAAGUGGAAGUGAAAUUUCAGUGUAAUUUGAGUGUGUGGAGGUUAUGCAUGAAAAUCAAAGAAUGUUGUUGUGUGUGUGUGUGUGUGUGUGUUGUGGAAUGAAGUUUUCAAAGUUUCAGGCGUGUGGGCGGCCAAACCUAUA